AAACACGAUAAUGAUAGAGCAGAGCUGAGCUCACCUCGCCUCCUCUUGUUUGCUCUGCUCCGCUCGAACCCACCGCAGACCGGAGCCACGCUCGUCGGCCGGGCACCACCUCCGCCACCGCCGCCCCAAUCCCUCCCUCCAAGCGUCCAUCACCAACCAGUCUCCCGCCGUCGCGCUGCCGCGGUCGAGGGGCUAGUCUGCCUUUCCUGCCGCCGGCGAACGGAGCGGACGAGGGAGGCGCCGCCUUCGCUCGAGCCGUACGCCGACGCCGGUGGCCACUCCGCAGCCCUGCUGAACCCAAAAUGGCGGCCUUGCCACUGGCCACCGCGGAGGCCUGCGACGCGAACUCGCACAUGAUCACCAGCGGCGAGCUCCGCGCGCUGCAGCCCGUCUUCCGGGUCUACGGUGGGCGGCGGCUCUUCGCGGGCCCUGUGGUGACGGUCAAGGUGUUCGAGGACAACGUCCUGGUCCGUGCCAUCCUGGAGGAGAAGGGCCAGGGCAGGGUCCUGGUGGUGGACGGCGGCGGGAGCCUCCGCCGCGCCCUCCUUGGGGGCAACAUCGCCAUGCUGGCGCAGAACAACGGGUGGGCCGGCAUCGUGAUCAACGGCUGCGUCCGGGACGUCGACGAGAUCAACGAGUGCGACAUCGGCGUGCGGGCUCUCGGCUCGCACCCGAUGAAGUCGGACAAGAGGGGGGUGGGCGAGAAGCACGCCCCGGUCACCGUCGCCGGCGCCAGGAUCUGUGAUGGUGAGUGGCUCUACGCCGACGCCGACGGCAUCCUCGUAUCGAAGAGCGAGCUCAGCGUGUAGUGCAGGGCUCCCCAGUUGCCUGUGAUGUUCCCCUCUGUGUAUGUAUUUUCUGGCGUGUAAAAUGAUGUAUGAAUGCAUGAACUGGGCAGUUGCUCCUUCAGAACAGAAGCUCUGAUAUCUGAACUUGAGAUGUCAUGAGCUCUCAACUGAACAUGUAAAUGAUAAUGGCAGGCUUGUCUUGCUUGAUCAAAAGGAAUGAACAAUGGGGAUAAUAAUA